AAAUGUAUGAAUACCUUUCUUGCAGAAGAAUUAAACCUGCAAAUAAGUUCUCGUUUCGAUCCACCAUUGUCAAUUUGUCACACAGCGUUUGCAGAAAUGGUUUCUUCUCAAAAUGAAAAUAGUUUGUUGAGCUCAGAAGGAGAUUCUCAAAGGACUCAGUACCCAUAUGUUACUGGUACAUCUGUGAUUGGGAUCAAAUACAAGGAUGGUAUUCUCAUGGCUGCUGACAUGGGAGGUUCCUAUGGAUCCACUAUCCGCUACAAGAGUGUGGAGCGGUUGAAGCAAGUGGGCAAACAUUCUCUAAUUGGUGCAAGUGGAGAAAUCAGUGACUUUCAAGAGAUUCUAAAAUACCUUGAUGAACUUAUUUUACAUGACAAUAUGUGGGAUGAUGGGAACUCACUUGGUCCGAAAGAGGUUCACAAUUAUCUGACCCGCGUGAUGUACAAUCGUCGCAACAAGUUUGACCCGUUAUGGAAUUCGCUUAUACUUGGUGGGGUAAAGAACGGGAAGAAGUAUCUAGGAUCUGUUAGCAUGAUUGGUGUACACUUUGAGGACGAUCAUGUUGCCACCGGGUUUGGUAACCACCUGGCUCGCCCGAUUCUUCGUGAAGAAUGGAGGGAGGAUUUGACUUUCGAGGAAGGGGUCAAAUUACUGGAGAAAUGCAUGCGUAACCUUUUGUAUCGUGAUAGAUCUGCUGUCAACAAGCUUCAGAUAGCAAAGAUCACAGAGGAAGGGUUGACUAUUUCGCAACCAUACUCUUUGAAGACUUUCUGGAAUUUUGCUGCUUUUCAGAACCCUACAGUUGGUGCUGAGGGCUCAUGGUAGGAGUUUGGCUUUUGAGUGCUUCAAACAUGUUUUACUAAGUUACUAUGAUGUAUUUCGAUGAUUUGAUGAUGUUACGCUUUUUAAAAUUUCUUCAGUUCGCGUGUUAAGAGUUUAAUGUUUGUGUUGUUAUAUUUGAACUGUUUGAUCUUGUUUAUUAUGUUUUUUAAAAGAAAUAGAUGAGCACUUUUCGGUG